UCUUCCUGUUGACUUCUGCUUUGUUCCAGCCAGUUCAGCGUGGGCCCCUGUGCACUGCUGUGGAUCUGAUCAGCUGAGACCUGGGACACAGGACCAGGCUUUCUUGAUCAUGGAUGGUGAAGAUAUACCAGAUUUUUCAAGUUUAAAGGAGGAAACUGCUUAUUGGAAGGAACUUUCCUUGAAGUAUAAACAAAGCUUCCAGGAAGCUCGGGAUGAGCUAGUUGAAUUCCAGGAAGGAAGCAGAGAAUUAGAAGCAGAGUUGGAGGCACAGUUAAUACAGGCUGAACAAAGAAAUAGAGACUUGCAAGCUGAUAACCAAAGACUGAAAUAUGAAGUGGAGGCAUUAAAGGAGAAACUAGAACAUCAAUAUGCACAGAGCUACAAGCAGGUCUCAGUAUUAGAAGAUGAUUUAAGUCAGACUCGGGCCAUUAAGGAGCAGUUGCAUAAGUAUGUGAGAGAGCUGGAGCAGGCCAAUGAUGACCUGGAGCGAGCAAAAAGGGCAACAAUAGUUUCAUUGGAAGACUUUGAACAAAGGCUAAAUCAGGCCAUUGAACGAAAUGCAUUUUUAGAAAGUGAACUUGAUGAAAAGGAAUCUUUGUUGGUCUCUGUACAGAGGUUAAAGGAUGAAGCAAGAGAUUUAAGGCAAGAACUAGCAGUUCGGGAAAGACAACAGGAAGUAACCAGAAAGUCAGCUCCUAGUUCUCCAACUCUAGACUGUGAAAAGAUGGAUUCUGCUGUCCAAGCAUCCCUCUCUUUGCCAGCUACUCCUGUUGGCAAAGGAACAGAAAACAGUUUUCCUUCACCAAAAGCUAUACCAAAUGGUUUUGGUACCAGUCCACUAACUCCUUCUGCUAGGAUAUCAGCACUAAACAUCGUUGGGGAUCUCUUACGGAAAGUAGGGGCUUUAGAAUCCAAAUUAGCAGCUUGCAGGAAUUUUGCAAAGGACCAAGCAUCACGAAAAUCCUAUAUAUCAGGGAAUGUUAACUGUGGGGUUUUGAAUGGCAACGGCACAAAGUUCUCUCGAUCAGGGCACACGUCUUUCUUCGACAAAGGGCAAGAAAAAGUCAUAUUUCCCACGUUGUUCAUGGACUACUUAACUAGCCUUUGGUGGUAAAAUCACGAAAUGUCAUAGCCUCUGGAACCUUUUUUACACAUAUGAGUCCCAGACCUGUUAUCUCCAUGCCUGCCCGUUCCCUCUUCCUUCAGUCCUGUGUUGUCCACUGGGACAUUUCCCUUUGGCUCUUUUGCUGCUCCCUGAAACCAAACAUGGUGAGUAUAGAGGUAUCUCUUCUCUCAAAAGCCUUUCCCCAUUGUGCAACUUUGCAUGGCCCCGAAAGGACCUCACCAGACCCAUAAUCUCCCUCUGGUCUUUAACUUCCCACUUCUUGACUUAGAAGAGACAUGCUAGGUGGGACCCUGGCGGAAUUGUCUUUCUCUCUCUGCUCCACCCACCUUCAAAUCAAGAGUCCCAUUUCUUUACCUCACCACUGUUCUCCCUUUAUAUCCUGGACUGCACUGCUCACCUUUCCCAUUGGAGCCGACCGCACCGGCAGCCCCAGGGUGCUUGCUUGCCGGGGAUUAUCACGUGGCCCUGACCGGAGGAGGCUAGGAAAGUCUGGUGGCUGGGCAUUUGGAAGAGGUUGUGGGCCUGACUUCCCCAUUGAUGUGUGGCUGGUUGAGCUCAGGUUAAUGCCUAGGCCUUCUCUUGCCUUGGUUUCCUUAGCAGUGCAACAAGGGGGAGGAACCUGAUGUUCCUUAAAGGUCCAUCUAACUUGAAAAUGUUGGCGUCCUAGCCACUAAACCCGCACAUGGAUCCAUCCUCCUGGUUGCUGCUUUUGCACGUUUCUGUGGACCAGGUGCCAGAUUCUUCUUGACAGCCAACAAUGCUCCUUUUCUACCGAGUUAGGGGCUGUCUGCAGUACAAGUUUGGGGACUUGCCCUGCUACUGAGAUCUGUGAGGCUGGGAACCUGAGGUUCACAUGUUGAAAGCCGAGGCCAUUUGUGGGGCCUGCCUGGUUCUACGUGAGGUUGGUAGGAGAAGCAGGCCUCAGGGACUUUGGGACUAGCCAGACAAAUGACAGAUGGAGCUUAUUAUAUGAGGACUAGAGUGGCAAAUAGGACGUGGCCCUUGGCCCCAGAAGAGGCACAGGCAUGUAGCCUUGGGAGAAUGGGGAUGGGUGGUGUAAAGCUUUCCAGUGUGAUGAAGCUAAAAAAUCAGACCUCUCCCGGGCCAGAGAGAAAAGGGAACAUCCAGGAUAGUGUACAGUAGAGAGAAAUUACAUUUGUCAGAGCCUCCUUCCUGUUGCUCUCGGUCUCUGUGUGCGUGGCUUGAUUUCAAACUCCAAAUAUAUACUUGGAGUUUAGUUUCUUUAGACACAAACUCUGUUUCUUCAGAAUAGACAGGGUUGUCAAGUCUAUUCGCAUGCCUGUUUCUCUGAGGUUACACUCACCUCUUCGGUUGUCUUUGCAGGAAAUAUGUGUCUGCAGGCUCUUUUUGUUUUGUUUUGUUUGUUUUUGAAGAGAACCUCUCUCCAUGAGUCUAUGUUCAACUCCCUGAACCCCUCUGAGGAGUAGGUGGGACAGCGGUGGGCGGGUGUGCUGCAGUGUAGCCCCUUGUGGUUGGCUGAGUCUCCCAAAUUGUUAGCAGGACAAAUUUUCCUAGGAAGUUUGAGAAGAUGGAAGGCUGAAUUGGCUUCCUGAGAGGGGUUCCAGGUCUCCACUCUCUUACUCCCUCGCUGCUACCCAUGGCUGUGCUGCCAGGUGGGCAGGGCCAGGGCUCUCCGGGCGCUGGGUUCUGGCUGUGGGCGCCUUGCUGGGCUGCGCUGCCUGCACACGACUCUGCAGAGAAAAGCUUUGCUUGCUAAACAAUUUUUAAAAUGUUAUUUUUCUCCCUCUUGUUAAGAUAUUCAUGUAUGUUGUAGGAGAUUUGGAAAAAUAAUAAAAAAGUAUAAAGUAGUAAACAAAAUUUAACCACAACCCAGAGGGAAGAAAAGUAACUGUUGUUAAAUUUUAUUUUUAUGAUAUAUAUGAUUCUGUGUACAUAUAUAUGUGUGUAUAUGUAGUAUGUGUGU